GUCUUCCUCCUAAUCUUGGAGACAAUGGUUUGAAUCAACAAUUUUCAAUGCUGGUGAAUUGGACUCGUCCGUAUGACCGAGCUGGUGUUCCAGUGACAAGUUUUGAGCUUGAUUGCCAUUCUGAAAAUGGGGUCAAAUGCAGCAUCUCUGCAUCGACAGCGGAAAUAGUUUCAGAAACAGGAGUGCACACAGUCACUGUGGAUUCUCACAAUGGAGAAAGUAGGUGCCUGUGUUCAAUUCGAAGUCAUGCCAAUGGUCUUUGGUCACCUUGGAGUCCCAGUGCCCCAGAAAUUUGCGUACGGUCCGAAACCCGGAAUUGGACAGUGACUAUGGAUGGAUACCGAUACUUGCAUCCAGCGUUACUUCCCAUGGCACGAAUCUUCCUCGAUUUCGUCCUUUCUAAGGGAAAACGUUAUCCAACAUGCGGACGCUCCAACGCAUGGAGUAAAAGGCCCAAGCGUCCGAAUCUCGGGGGCCCCUCACUGCAUAUCCAAGAGAGCAGUGUGAGGCCGCCCUCGAAGCCGCCGUUUGAUGCCUAUCUCCGAGGACAAAGUCAACGCAAUCGGGACGCCCAGUGCGUCAGUCCGCGACGAGCCGCCGCCGACCGACCAAUUCCGGGCUUUGGGCGCCUUUUUCGUUGA